AUUUCUCCGGGCUUCAUUUUCCCUAUAUCUUUCUUUGCACUAUUUUGCAGGAUUAUGGUGAGGAAAGGGAAGGAAUGAAAGAACCAAGUAUUUAUUAGCCAGUCAAUUAUCAAUUAUUAAGCGCUCACUAUAUGCUAAGCAAGAGUAAACUAUUACAUUCUAAGGCUCCCUUUGGGGAUCUGAAGGGAGAGCGGUUACGUCCUCGUACUUCCCUCCCUCCAGGUCCCAGUAGAUUACUUUGUUGACUGCUCGGCCUCGGUUGUUGUCUCGUGCCCCCUUCCCCGCCCCCGCAUGUAUUUGAAAAGACCCGUCAGCUCUGUGCAUCCAGUCUCUCAGAAUGCCAGAAGGCUCCUUAAACCCACCUAAAGCUUUUAUCUCGUGCGGUUGCGCUCAAAGGGAGCACUUCGAAGGGAAAGGGGGUGAACUUCUCGAGAACAAGUUCCUCGCAAGGGCCGAGCAGAGGCCCCUGCCUUAGUGAGUGGGGGUGGGAAUUGGCACAUGAAAGGGGGAGUGACGGUCGCCGCGGAGCUUUCAGUCUUUUUCUGCCAAGGCUAGGACAGCUCUCUAGAGAAAGGAUUUAAAAUGUACGGUUAAGGGAAGUUUGGUGUUCCCUUUCUAAGCUUGCCUGAGGCUUUAAUUCUCUAGCCUACCCCAGGCUUCGCCCUGUUGCAGUCUAGGGUUCUCAGAGAAUGAAAUGAGCUUACGCCCGAGUUCUUAGCACUUUCCUCCCGCUGCUAAUUGGAGAACGACCCGGAGAACACGAACUUAGGCCGACCCGGGGGAAGCCUUAGUGACGUCAUGUCUCCAGUGCCCUCAUCAGUCAGUCACUCUGGGCCCCUGAGAGGACGCUCAUUCCGGGGGAAGAGAUCAGGCAGGAUCUGAGGAUAGAGAUGGGCUUGUCCCAGAGAUGGAGGAAGAGAGAUGGAGGGUUGGGAGAGGUUGGAGCUUUCAUCAGUAAAAGCUAUAAACUCUAAUCUGGAAGCCAGGAACUGGCUUACACAAAAGAACUCUGUUCACAUCUGUCCUCCCACUUCCAACACUACCCCUCUUCUCCUAUAUCUGUCCUCUUCUGUUCACUUGCCUUCAUCCCCUCACUAGCCCUAUCGAUCUCCAUCCUUCCUGAUCCCCAAUACUGACCCUCUUUUCAUCUUUCCUUCUUUUCUCUCCACAUCUUCCGUUUUCCUUCAGACUUUCCCUCCCUAACAAAUUAAAUUCAAUGAAAUUGUAUUAAACACCUGCCUUAAGCAAGGCUUUGUUUUCAGGUUGGGGAAAGAAAGCUGAAAAGCAACAGAGGCCCUGCUCUCCUGGAAUUUAUAAUUAAAUGGGGAAGAAAUGGGAUGGGGUGUCUACCAUGUACACAAAGAUGAUACAAGAUCCAGCCCGCCUGUGGCUGAGUAGGUGCCCACGCCGCGGGGCCUGCGGGAGCGAUGGGAAUGAGUCGGGGCAGGCUCUGGGCGAACAGCCGCUGCCUCCCGCGCCCGCCCGCCCCCGCCGGACGUGGGCAGCCCCCGGCCUCGGUAAGCGCUACACGGACAGCGAGGCCCGCGGCUCAGCUCGUAGCGGCAGGCCCCUAAGGGGGUCCCCUGCUCCGGCCUCCGGCCCCCACCUCAGGCCAGCGAUGUUCGCAGGGGAGUGAGCGCGUUGCUGAGUGACUCCAUGGCUCGGGCCCGGGGCGCCCACUGAGCCCGGGCCGCCCCUACCCCCAGCCCAGCCCUCCGCCCGCCGCCGCCAAGAUGGUGAUGUCCCAGGGCACCUACACCUUCCUCACCUGCUUCGCCGGCUUCUGGCUCAUCUGGGGCCUCGUGGUCCUGCUCUGCUGCUUCUGCAGCUUCCUCCGCCGCCGCCUCAAGCGGCGCCACGAGGAGCGGCUGCGGGAGCAGAACCUGCGUGCACUGGAGCUGGAGCCCCUGGAGCCCCUGGAACCCCUGGAGCUAGAGGGCAGCCUGGCCGGGAGCCCCCCCGGACUGGGGCUGGGGCUGGCCCAAGGACUGGCCCCUCAGGCCCGAGUCCGCCUGGAGGCCCCCGGCCAUACCCACCCCCUGCAUCACUCGGCCCCACAACAGCACCAGCCCCAUCCAGCCCACCAUCACCCGCAUCCUCCCCACUCGCAUCCGCACUCUCAUCCGCACCCGCCUCACGUCCUGGUGCCGCCCCGGCCCUGGAGCUACCCGCGCCAAGCCGAAUCGGACCUCUCCAAGCCCCCGUGCUACGAGGAGGCGGUGCUGAUGGCCGAACCGCCACCGCCCUACAGCGAGGUGCUCACCGACACGCGCGGCCUCUACCGCAAGAUCGUGACACCCUUCCUGAGCCGCGACAGCUCCGAAAAGCAGGAGCAGCCGCCCAACUACAAGCCGCUCUUCCUGGACCGGGGCUACUCGUCGGCGCUGCACCUGCCCAGCGCCCCGCGGCCCGGCCCGCCCUGCCCCGCCCUCUACCUGCAGACCGAACGCUCCCGCCGCGUCUUCCCCAGCUGGACCGACUCGGAGCUGAGCAACCGCGACCCUCUGGAGCACGGAGCCUGGCGCCUGCCCGUCUCCAUCCCCUUGUUCGGGAGGACUACAGCCGUAUAGAGGGGGUGGCCCGAGCCCCUACCCCCUGGCCCCACCCCGGGGGCUAAGCGCCCGGACCAGAGCCAGCCCUGCCCAGCUCCCUGCCCUGCCCCGCGUCUUCCUUCCUUUCUCCCUCCCCGAGGGCAGGCCGUUCAGACUCCUUUCUUAGGCCUUGGGGGGGUUUUUAAAACACUUCCCUGGGACUCGGGGCUAUUUCUUACCCUGUUUGUUACAUUUUGAGGAUAAUAAAGGUGUGUGAUCGGCUUUGGUACAA